GGAGCAGUCUUGGUCUGAAAUCUCUAAAGAGAAGCGCGUUUGAAGAGAAGCCAGUGAUGAUGGGUGGAGGUGAUGCAUGCAUUUACCCCGUCUCCAUGACGACAUCAACAGCGCAGGCGCCCCUGCACGGCCUUCCCAGCUCCAGCGCAGAUCGCUGCGACACGCGGACGCGCAGACCGCCGCGAUGGGCGUGAGUGGAUCGCGAAGUUCGGCCGGCGAUAGGACCAUGUGGCCAGGGUGGCAGUGAUCAUCGCAGCAUAUCACAGAGGUUGACUUCAACCGCCGUCCAAACGCUCAAAGCCCGAAGCGGUCUUUAGGUCCAGGGGCUCAUGAUACGUCGACCCAGUGGAAACAGCUUGUUUGGAUAGGCUUUCUGGGUGAGAUCGCUUCGGAUGGGUUGGGUUUCAAAAUGGUUGGCCAUCGGAUGGGUUCAGGUUUGCUGUAGGGGCAGAUGGCUCUCAGUGUCCGAUGAAGUUCUUCUGGGACCCAAGCACCCAGCUUUGUGAAGCGACUAGGUGGAGGCCAUCGCUAUUGGGUUGGAGGCCAUCGCUACUAGUAACAAUAAAGCUUUCUAGCUUCUAGUUACUAGAAAGCUUUAUUGUUACAGGUGAAAUGAUUCCCAAGAGGGCUUUGCUGUAAAUGGUGAGCACCACGUAGCCCGGGCGACGUACACAGAUCUUUGAUAGCAACUGCAGCGGCGCGGUUCGGUGUGGGUGGUCUUUUACACGCGCGGAGCGUGUGGAAGUGGUGUUUCAGGCAAUCGAGGGGAGCGUUCCGAGCGUUCCUUCUGUCACCUCAAAGUCAUUCUCAAGAUGCAAUAUGGUUUGAGUGUUCUCAGGCAUCGACUAAACCACUAAAAGUGGUACCAAACUGGAGGAUUUCAGUCAUCCCCCCUCUCCCAAGUCUGCUGGUGAUGUCCGGCCACUGAGGCUACGAGUUCGAGACCGGUUUCCACUACUUAGGCGAGAUGCAGAAGGGGGCCGAGCUGCGAUCCAUCGUGGAUUCCUUGACCAACGAGGAAGUGGAGUUCACCAACCUUGACGCGCGUUCGGGGGGCAUCUACGACAAGGUGGUCUUCCAGAAUGGCUCGGAUCACCUGGGAGUUCCGAAUGGCCUGGAGCAAUGGCUGGAAGUCUUGCAGCAGAAGUUCCCCGAAGAACGCGAGGCCAUCGCCGUGUAUGGCCGAGACUUGAAGGCGGCCAUGGUCACGUUCUUCCCCACCAUGGUCUGGCGUACCUUGCCCUUCGACUGGCUCAGAAAGCUGCUCUAUCCACUGCUGGCAGCACCGGCCAUGAAAUUGUCCAAGCCGGCGAGUGAGCGAUUGGAUGAGAUCACCAGGAAUGGCAAGUUGAAGGCUUUCAUGGGCUACUUGGCCCUGGGAUGCAUCGGCAUGACCGACGCGGCAGCUGACUGGAGGUCCAUCUUGGGCGUCCAGGUGCAUUUCAGCGAGGGCGCGUACUUCCCGCAUGGAGGCCCCAGCGCCAUCACCCGCGCGAUGGUGCAGAAGAUCGAGAGCCAAGGAGGGCGCGUUUAUGUACGCGCGCGAGUAGAUGAUCUGCUGUGGGAGGGCCAGAGCUGCUGUGGGGUCGUGCUGGAGAAGGACAGCUUAACGGUCCGUGCCCCUAUCGUGGUCUCCUCGGUGGGCCUUCACAAUACCGAGAGGUUCCUCCGCGAGAAGCCCUGCCACGACGCUUUCGUGGAGCGCUUGCGGCCUCUGCAGCGGACGCACGGCCACCUCUUUCUGUUCGUUGGCCUCAAAGGAAGCGCCGCGGAGCUCAACUUGCCCAGCAACAACCUGUGGGUGCUGCCCGGUGAGGACCUGUCACGGCGCAUGGCGGAGUUCCACGCGGACCACGAGGCGCCCUUCGGCUAUGUGGGCUUGGCCUUUCCUAGCGCCAAGGACCCCUCCUACCAUGAGCGCAACCCGGAUCGAUGCACCUGCGCAGUGGUUGCAGGUGAUGUGCCCUGGGAUUGGUUCGAGAAGUGGCAGAGCACCAAAGUUCGACACCGCGGCCAGGACUACGAAGCCUUUAAGAAGAGCUUCGAGGAGCGUUUGCUGGACAUCCUCUACACCCAGUAUCCCCAGACGAAGGGCCGAGUGGAAUAUGUGAACAUGGGAACGCCCUUAGACACCAACUUCUACUUGGGCAAGACACAGGGCGAGAGUUAUGGCUUGCAGCAGACCUUGGAGAAGACCAACGCGGAUUUAACUUGGCUCUUCGCCAAGCCCAAGGUGCCACACUGGCCAAAGGGUCUUCUCCUCGCAGGGCAAGAUGUCACAGGCGAUGGCUUUGCCCCUGCAGUGGUCUCCGCGAUCUUCGCCAGCUGCGCCGUGGAAGGCUUCGUGCGCGGCUGGUUCAACGUCAUCUCCAUGCUCGGACUCCGUGGCACUUUGAGAGCACUCUUCUGAUUCUGCGACGAAGCGCCUCUCUCUCCAUCGAACAUUGGUCAACUCCUCCGAAAUGGUCGGCGUUUCAUUCGGCGUUGGACCAAUGUUCGGAGGAGAAAUCUUCUAAAGCGGUUCCGGGAGGGCCCACCAAACUCUUCAGGACUGGAUGUUUUGGAAAGUCCCAGAGAAGGGCCAGAAAGACCCCUCAGCUUCGCAGUUUUGUGC